AUGGCGGCACGGGCCCCAGCCAGCUCCCCUGCGCAGAGGGACUCCAGGAGGAUUCCCAACGGGGGCGAUGCCUCGCAAGGGAAGUGGGGCCGAGCCUGGGAGGUGGACUGGUUCUCCUUGGCCAGCGUCGUCUUCUUGCUGGCGUUCGCCCCCCUCAUCGUGUAUUACUUCAUCAUGUCCUGUGACCAGUACAGCUGCUCCCUCACGGCGCCCGUGCUGGACAUCCUGACCGGGAAGUCGAGCCUCCUGGACAUCUGGGCCCACACGCCGGGGGUGACGGCCGGAGCGGCUCGGAUCUACGUCGCCUGGGUCACCUUUCAGGUGGUUUUAUACAUGAUUCCUGACUUUUGCCACAAAUUUCUGCCUGGCUACGUGGGAAGCGUUCAAGAAGGGGCUGUCACCCCUGCAGGCAUCAUCAACAAGUAUGAGAUCAACGGCCUUCAGGCCUGGCUCAUCACCCACCUCCUGUGGUUCGCCAAUGCCCAUUACCUUCACUGGUUCUCUCCCACCAUCAUUUUUGACAACUGGAUCCCGCUGCUGUGGUGCGCCAACAUCCUCGGCUACGCCGUGUCCACGUUCGUGAUGAUCAAAGGCUACCUGUUCCCCACCAACGCCAAAGACUGCAAGUUCACGGGCAACUUCUUCUACAACUACAUGAUGGGUGUGGAGUUUAACCCGCGCAUAGGGAAGUGGUUCGACUUCAAACUCUUCUUCAACGGCCGCCCCGGGAUCGUCGCCUGGACGCUCAUCAACCUGUCCUUCGCAGCCAAGCAGCGGGAGCUCUACGGCUCUGUGACCAAUUCCAUGGUCUUGGUCAACGUCCUGCAGGCUCUCUACGUGGUGGACUUCUUUUGGAACGAGACCUGGUACCUGAAGACCAUCGACAUCUGCCACGACCACUUCGGCUGGUACCUGGGCUGGGGCGACUGCGUCUGGCUGCCUUACCUGUACACCCUCCAGGGCCUGUACUUGGUCUACCAUCCGGUGCAGCUGUCGGCGCCGCACGCGCUGGGGGUCCUGCUGCUGGGCCUGGGGGGCUACUACGUGUUCCGGGAGGCCAACCGCCAGAAGGACACGUUCCGCAAGACGGACGGGAACUGCCUGGUGUGGGGCCGGAAGCCGCGCUACAUCGAGUGCUCGUAUGUGUCGGCGGACGGCCGGCGGCACCGCAGCAAGCUGCUGGUGUCGGGCUUCUGGGGCCUGGCGCGCCACUUCAACUACACGGGCGACCUGAUGGGCAGCCUGGCCUACUGCCUGGCCUGCGGCGGCUCCCACGUCCUCCCCUACUUCUACGUCGUCUACAUGACCGUCCUGCUCGUCCACCGCUGCCUGCGCGACGAGGACCGCUGCUCCCGCAAGUACGGCCGCGACUGGGAGCGCUACACGGCCGCCGUGCCCAACCGCCUGCUGCCCGGCCUCUUCUGAGAGCCCUCCGUCCGGCCCGGCCCCCGCGGCCGGCCUCCUCGGCCCCCACGCGGGCAGCCGGGCUUCUCGGUUACCUUUAAGAACUGGAUGGGAGAACAGGAGGCCGGGGCCGGGGAAGCCGGGGGAAGAUGCUCCCCCGAGGGUGGGGGGUGCCUCCAGCCUCCCCGGGGGACCCCUCUCCAGGCAGCGGCCACAUUCUCGGCCUCCCUGCCUCGUCUUCCAUCACAGGCCUUGGCACCUCGGCUGAGGCUUCUUACACGGCUGCCGUCUAGUGGUCAAUCGGUGACUGACUCACAUUGGCACCCACCUGCGUGCUGGACGUACAGGAAGGGUGGACGACCGCCCUGACCCUCGAGGAUCUCCGUCCAGUGGGGAGUCAGGGUGAAGUUAUUGGAGGAAGACCAGGAGGGGCUUCCUGUAGGAGGAGGCUCUCAGCCACGAUUGGGGGAAGCUGGGGAGACCUGGUGAUGCAGAGCUUUGUGGGGGAAGCCGGGCCCAGGGCGGCAGGGGAAAGAUCAGCGUCGUGGGCAGACCUGGGCUCGGGCCAUCGGUGUGGACGCUGGGGGAGGACAGGCCGGAGGGGGGGACCCUGGAGGAAGGGACCCCACUAGCAGGCCCUGCUGGGUUGGAGGAGAGGCUGGUGCAGAGAGCCUCUGUGAGAAGCGUCCCGAGGUCGGGCCGGGGGAAAGGGGGCCCUCAGGACGCUGGAGUCCCAGGCAGAACCAGCACUAGAGACGGGGAGGUCCUGGGUUCCAAUGUGGACUCUAAGACAGAAGGCAAAGGGCUAAGAAAAGGCUGUGGCACACAGCGGAGCUCCACCUGGCCCGGGAAGGGAGAGAGAGGUCAGGGCUGGACAGAGAACGGCCUGACUGAGAGCCUCUAUCGCUGGCAGAAUGCUUGGCCUUGAGGUCCCGAUGAUGCGAGUGCGAGUCGUGCCUCUGGCAUAGACGGGUCAGAAACAAGGCGCCGGUGGUACUUCUCAGUGUGUCGGGAUGCCGUCCGCCUCGCUGGAGAGAGCCGAGGCCCCCCUCACUGGUGAAACUGCAGGUCUGGACCCUCCCCGGACCCGGCGCCCUCCCAGCCGUCAGAGAUGCUGCUGACUUCAUGCCUGUCCUGAGCCGGUGCCUCGGAGUGGUCCCCACUGGCUCGGGGCCCAGCACCCCACUCACACAGUGCCUUUGGAGACGGGGGGCGUCUAAUGAAUGCCUCGCCCCCCUCUGCCACCCAGGUGCUGCCCACCUGCCAGGGGGCUUCUUUAGGGCCAUCCUAACGCUCCCCCCAAGCCUCCACCCUCAACAUCCUGGACACCCCGGGGUGCUCCAUCACCCACAGGGUGCUGACCAGCACUGAGCACACUGGGGCCAUCUCUGUGGUCCCGGCCUCCCUGCAGGGUGCCCACCUGUGAGGUUUCUAAACCCAAAGGGGGCCCCCCUCAUUCUUGGGGGGCCUUCCUGCUCCAGCCAGCCUGAGGCCCUCCUCCUGGACUGGCGGUGCCCGGCGGGCGGGCGGGCGGGCAGGGACGCGUCUCUCCUCUCGGUGUCUGGGCUUCGAGCCUUCCCUCUCCGCCAACAAUAAAUGUUAAAUAACUGA